UGAAGUUUUUAAGUACACAAUGGAAGCAGAAACUAAAACAAGUCCUAAUAACGGCAAUGAUGGCAAAUCACCUCUAUUGGAGCAGUGGAAGCGCGGCGGCAGUGGGCGGCGCGGCCGUGGCCUCAGUCGCCGGAACUCCUUCAAUUCACUCCGUAACGAUUUCAUUUCCAGGCUUCCCGAUAACGUCCGGUCAGCAAUUGACCCUGAGUCUUCUUCUCCAGUUGAUCUAUCCAGAGCUCAGGGUUUGAGCCCAGGAGAGAAGGACUAUUACGAAACGCAAUUUGCUACAUUAAAAUCAUUCGAAGAGGUCGAUUCCGCGGUUUCGUCUGAUGGAUUAGACGAGGAAGAUCUCGAAGAGCAAAAGCAACAAGAGAGAGCUAUGAUGAUUUCCAACUAUGCUAAUAUUUUACUGCUGGCAUUGAAGGUGUAUGCCACGAUAAAGAGUGGGUCGCUAGCAAUUGCUGCAUCGACUUUGGAUUCUUUACUCGAUCUUAUGGCUGGGGCUAUACUAUGGUUUACACAUUUAUCGAUGAAAAAUGUCAACAUAUACAAAUAUCCAAUCGGGAAAUUGAGGGUGCAGCCAGUUGGAAUUAUCGUCUUUGCUGCCAUAAUGGCUACUCUCGGCUUUCAGGUGUUGAUCCAGGCCGUAGAACAACUUGUCGAAAACCAACAUACCGAAAAAAUGAAUUCAGAUCAGUUGGUAUGGCUGUACUCGAUUAUGUUAACUGCUUCUGUGGUGAAACUUGCUCUGUGGUUCUACUGCAGAAGUUCGAAAAACGAAAUUGUUCGUGCCUACGCUAAGGACCAUUAUUUUGACGUGGUAACAAACGUAGUAGGAUUAGUAGCAGCUGUACUAGGCGAUGCAUUCUUCUGGUGGAUUGAUCCAGCUGGCGCCCUUGUCCUUGCAAUUUAUACGAUUGUGAAUUGGUCUCGAACUGUUCUUGAAAAUGCAGCAUCGCUAGUGGGACAAUCAGCACCGCCUGAAAUAUUGCGUAAAUUGACAUAUCUCGUUAUAAGGCACCCUCAAAUCAAGCGUAUCGACACAGUCCGUGCCUACACUUUUGGUGUACUAUAUUUUGUUGAGGUUGAUAUUGAACUGCCGGAAGAAAUGCACUUAAAAGAAGCUCACACAAUUGGAGAGACUCUGCAAAUAAAGAUCGAAAAACUAACAGAAGUCGAAAGGGCAUUUGUUCAUAUUGAUUAUGAAUGUGAACACAAACCAGAGCACUCUGUUCUCAGCAGGCUGCCCAACACUGAGCCUUGACCUUAACUGUACAAAAUACUCUUCUCUCUCUCUCUUUAACAUUUUUACUCAAAGUUGUAUAUAUAUGAGCUGAAAUCAUCUUUGUUUUCAUAAUAUAUAAAAGGUUUCGUUCAAAUCUCGAUUUCGAAAUAAUUUAUGUGUAAGCGUGUGUUUUGUAGAUCAUUGUUGAAUUUUACGUACUUGGUCGGGGAAAAUGUCGAAUCUUUUUUGGCA